UUUUUUUGAAUAAAAUGGAAGAUUUAAAUAAUAAAUAUAAAGAAAAUGAAGAAGAAUUUAAUAAUGAUGGAGAUGAAGACAAUUCUUCCAUUGAAGAAAAGUAUUUAUUAAUUAAUGAAUUACCCGAUUGGCAAUUAAUUGAUGAAAUUAGUAUUAAAUUAUUAGAACAAGGCAUUGGAAUAUUUGAAACAUUACAACAAGCACUUCCCUCUGUCGUAUUAGCACAAAUUAAUAAAGUAAUUUUAGAUGAAGAAAAACUAAAAAAUGAAGAAGAAAAUAAACAAAAUGUCUGUACAUCCUCACAAAUUUUAAAAUUAUUUCGUCUAGCCCAAUUCCAAAUAGAAUAUUUACUAAAAAGUCAGCAAGAGAUGGUUGUUAAAGUUGAAAAAAUGGAAAAAUUGGCUAAAAGAUAUAAAAAAGAAAAUAAAAUAAUUAAAAAACAAUUUUGUUAUGGACCUAAUAAUGAGAUUGAAAAUGAAGGAGAAACUGGAGAAAAGAAAAAUAAGAAAAAUAUUGAAGAAUGUAGUCAUUGGAAGAGAGAAUUGUUUAGGUGUAAUGAAUGUAAUAAAUUAUUUUUACAUUCAAAUUUUUUAUUUGAACAUAUUCAACGUAAACAUAACAAUAACCACAACAACAUUAAUUUAAAUAAUUUAAAUCCAAAUAGUAAAGCUAUUAAAAUUCUUGGAGUGAAAAAUAAUGAUUUUAUAUUAGACAAUAAUGAAGAAUUAAUUAAUAAUAAUAAAUUAAAUAAUAUAAAGAGACAAAGAAGAGGACAUUCACAAGGAUCGUGGAGAAGUUUACAAAGAAAAAACACCCAAAAACAACAAAACCACACAAACAAUCAAUUAUUAAUAAAUUCACAAAAACAAAAAACAUCUUCAUUUUAUUAUUAUCCUAGUAGUGAAAGAGCAUCUUCUGUUAGUGAAGAAAUUAUUGAAGAAAAAAAUAAAAAUAUAGGAGAGGGAAGUACAAAUAGAACAAUAAUAAUAAGUGAAAAUGAAGAAUAAAUUUUUAAUAAAAAUUUUUUCAAUAAAAUAGUUUUGUCGAGGAGACCAUGUUUUUUGCUGAUAAAAAUUAAAAUGUAUGCCUAAUCCCAUCGGUCUUAGGUACUGGCAAACUCAGAUCCCAGACACCCCCCCCAGUAAAUGACCUUAAAAAACUAUUUUUUCUAUAGUGAAAUGAGUGGUCGAGUGGUUUAAAUUUCGAUUAAUUAUUUAGUGGAGGCAAGGUUCGAAUCUUAUUGUUAGAGGUGUAAAAAAGUUUUUUCUUUCAAAAAAAAUAAAUUGCUAUAUUCUUUUUCGUUUACUAUUUAAUUUUUGUGUUUAAAAUAUUUUUUGGGGAGAACAGGUUUAUUUUCUCUUUAAAUAACACCUUUUAUUUCUUAACGAUUAUUUCACAAUCUUUUUUUUUCUAAACAAUUUUCCAAAAAAAAAUUAAUUUUUAAAAAUGUCAGAAACCAAAUUAGAAAUUAUUGUAAAUUAUUUUUGGAUAUUUUUUGGAGAGAUAUAUCAGCUUUGGGCAGCAUUAAUGUUUACACACAUUUUUUAUAUUUUGUUAAAAGAUUGGUUGGUAGAGGCA